AUGGCACCAGCGUUCACCGCAGAGACUAUCCGCAGCCAUCCCGAUACACCCUGCGUUCCCCAAGCUCCGUUCCAGAAACCGCUCUCUCAGUCGGACUUCAAGCCACAGGCCGAGCCAGGCUCCGAAGCGCCUCCAGCCGCUCCGGCUGUCGCGCAACAAGCACCAGCUACGUCGAAUUCAGCGGCAACGCAGCGCGACGCCGGCGCCAUGGCUUCUCCGCCAAACGAGAAAAACACGGUCGUUUGGGACGAGAAGAGUCUCUGGGACGACGCGGAAAUGCCGGUGGCGUGGGCUGUGGAGGCGUCGCGGCUGUCGCUUUCCAUUGAGAACCCCAUCCGCAAGAUCACCGACUCUCUCGCCGGCGUGCUCGCCGCGCCUUCUGCGCCUGCUGAUGCCGCGCCUGUCGCUCCUCCGAAGCCGUUGAUCUCGCUGGGUCAAGGGGAUCCGACGGCGUUCGGGCAUUUGAAGCUGCCGGAUGUUGCGGUGCGCGCCGUGCAGGACGCUAUAGCGAGCGGUCGCUAUAACGGGUACCCGCCUUCUAAUGGACUGCCUGACGCACGGAGUUCCCUUUCCCCUCCUUCCUUUCCCUCCACCCCCCGUCCCGCUUCCCUCCGCUCCCUUCCCUCCGCCUCCUCCCUCCUUCCUUUCCCCCCAACCUACAACUCUGAGGCUUCUCCUAACUUCCGCUCGUCCCCGCUCCCUUUCCUCUCUUUAUCUCCCAUUCUCCUUCGUCCCUCUGCUUAA